CUCGCCAUGGACUAUCGUCUCCUACUACCCCAGCUUCCACCCGAGCUACGGGACAUGGUAUACACGCAAACAGUGACCUCAGACAACCACGCAACCUCCGCGGGUCUCGAUUUCACCAGCAAAAUCUACGAAUCCAGCCACACACGCGUCGAAAUCAUCCCAGUCCACCAUGGCAAUCCCGCCAUGCUCGCCCUACAGCGUUACCAUUUUCUCGAAGGCGACGAGUAUCGCCACUUCAUCUUGAAAACUGCAGUUCAGCUCCGCAUCCACGUGGUCUUCAAGGGCCACACGAACACCUUUGUGCAGGAGCACUGGGACAAGAAGAUGGCCGCGCAUCUCAAGAACCUGGCGAAGCGGCAUCCCUGGCUGCGCAAGGUCGCGCACUACGACAUCCGGAUCCUAUGGAAGCCCGCGUCAUGGGCGCCAAGCAAGAGGAAGCGGCGCGUGGGCGCAAUUGCGAAGAGGAUGGUGGAGGUGCUCACGCAGGAGCUGGAUGUGGAGCAGAGGGUGAAGCGCGGGAUGGUGAAGACAGAUCUGCGGAUCGCGGACUUUGUGGUCGCAGAUCACGUUCUCAAGGGCCAGACGCUGGGUCUGGGAGAAUUCGUU